AUGGAAGUCAGAUCUAAUAACCGACGGUUAAAUGAACCAAAACACCAUAGAAGAAAAGUAGUCUUUGUCGAUCCUGACGACCCUGAUGCUCCUCACUGGUGGCCGGCUUUAGUUGUUCCGCGAAAAGAAAUCGAAAUAUUUAAACAAAAAAUGGACAAUGACGUUCAGUAUCCAAGUGAUGGAGAAAGCCUAGUUUGCUAUUUCGAAGAUGGUUCUUAUUCUAUAGUACCGGAAAAAGAUCAAAAGCCAUUUGACCCAAAAAUCGAACCAUAUAUAACAUAUAUGGAAGGUCCAAAUUCUGAAGCCUUUCAAAGAGACAAAGCUGUUACUUUGGCAACGCUUUAUUUUGAAAAAGGUGUGGUACCUCCCGUGUUUAAGUGGAUUCGUAAUGAGGAUACCUCUGGUGCUAGUGUAAGCACUGGUGCCCCCGGUGCUAAUGGGAAUAAUUUGUCUGAUGGUCCUAAUACCGGGGACGAAGAUUCUACAACUAUUACGAAAAGACACGUACGAAAAGAAAGCGCUAACAAUGUCCUAGAUCAGGCGAAUGUCAAUAAGGAUGGUCCGGGUAAUGCAAAAAGGGAAAACAACAAUGGUAGCCAACGAAAAGAUAGCAUCUCCGUACCAAGCAAAAAAAUCCAAACCUCCAUAUCUUCGAUCACUACCACAAAUAAUAACAAAUUUUCCAUCAACACCAGUUCAAAUUUAACCAUAUCGACAAAUAAUUCAGCAUUAAUAACAUCUACCGAUAAACCGCAUCAAUCAUCGACGGUCGAACGUAUGGUACCCUCAUCACGGGCAAAACAGUGCUUUCAAUGUGGUGAAAAAACUACCAAUCGUACCAACACUAUUAAUAACUCGGAUCAACAACAGUCUUCUAGUAAACUAUUAUGUGGCGACUGUGGUGACUUGUUGAAUUCAUUUUUAUUUCCUUCCAAGAAUAUAAAUUGCCAAAAUUUUUGCGUGGACAAAAAUACUAUAACUAGUAACAGAAUUAAUCAACACACUACUACUAUCUUUACGGAGAAAGAAUAUAACAUUCAAAAGUGUAUUAAAAGUGGAAACAAAGAUAACGAAGCCUUACAAAUGGCAAUAUUUGAGAAUGAAUAUUAUUGGAAUCAUUAUUUAGAAAAAAAACGUAAGUCACCUGCUAGAUUAUGGGGAAACAUAAAUAAUCCGGAGGGUAAAGUUGAAGUGUUAGAUGGUCUAAUACCAUUAAAUAAACGAGCUAGAUGGUUGAAUCGAUCGAAUGGUAUGUAG